CAGUAUAUUUUUAUUUACUGACAAGACUAGACUUCGAGCUACAUGGCGCUAAAUCAUAUGCGCUUUUAGCAUUGUUUCCUUAGAGGAUGCCGUAGUGUUGGAGUUGCGUGUUAGAAUGUCAGCUGACAUCCCGGAAGUAAUACAAAUAAUAAAUAUCGCUGCUACACUCUCCACAAUAUAUUAUUUUUCUGUUCAUUUAAGAACAUUAUUUAGGCUUCUAUUAUGGAGGGUGCACUGGAGCAGCAUCUUGACGACACAAUGAAAAAUCCUGCCAUUGUUGGGGUUUUGUGCACAGACGCUCAAGGCCAUAAUCUAGGAUGCCGUGGCUCGCUUUCUGAUGAACAUGGAGGAGUUGUGUCUGUGCUGGCCAAGCAAGCUGCUUCUCUAACCAAAGACCCCACUGACUCUCCUACUGUGUGUCUGGAGUCUGACUCUGGGAACAUUUUGGUGAGAACACAUGGAACAAUUACACUGGCUGUACAUAAGAUGGCAUCAUAAAUUCUGUUUGUUUCUAAUAGUCAAAUAUUGAAUACGUGCAGUGUUUUUAAACAUCAUUAUUUUGAGCUUGAAAAACUUCAGUGGUCUAUUGUCAGCAACAUAGAAGUUUAAUGAUUGGGCGAGAUCAUGUCUUCCAUCAGAUAUUUGUGUACAUGGUUAAUCAAUCAUUUCUUUUUCAAUAUUUGUACUUCUUUCAACCAUACUCCACAGUUUAGAUGUGUUUAAUGCUUUUUUGUUUGUUCAAACUAUUGUUUCCCAGUUAAUAAACUGUUAUUUAAGGAAAAUAA